AUGAACUCAAAAAGCGAAACUGACGAAGCUUCAAGGGGGAGCGAAGCAUCAUCGUCUAAUAAUAUUCCAACCCCAAACAAUUUAGAAGAUUCAUCUCAACCAGUUUUAUGCUUAAAUCCAGUUUUGGAUAGUACUCAAGACAUUAUGAAGCGUGCCGCUAAACAGUUGAUUGAAAGAUAUUUUUAUCAGUUACUUGAUGGCUGCGGUAAUCCAAACUGUGUCAACCAACACUGUGCAUCAAAUCAUCAGGCUAGACAGUUAACACCAAAUGAAGCAGCAGCAGAAGCAAUUAAGUUAGCAGAACACAAAGAAGCACGGCUUUGUGACAGUUACCCAAAUAAGGUACCUCGCACUGAAACCAACAACUGUGAUUCUAGAGCCAGCACAACAUGUAAUACGUCAAAUAUAACAAAUAAAAGAAAUAGCAAUGAUGAAAAGCCUGAAUCAUCAUCAUCCAGUAUAGUGAAAGAAGAAAAUUCACCAAAAGAAGUGGAACCUGAAACUAGUCAAAAUUUAUCGCAACAAGAAGACAAUAAAGACAGUAGUCAUAAUAAUGGUGUACCCUUGACAGAGGAACGUAUGUGUCAGCUUUGCGAUGAUUGCCUUCAGACAAAAGUACCACAGCCAUUAAUAAGAGCACUUGGAGAAGCAUUCACACAACCUGCUAUAUUGGCCAGGUCAUUUCAGAGUAAAUUGAGAGAUAGUAAGACCAAAUGCAUAGAAGAGGAUAAAACUGAUAAGGAGUCGAAAGCCAUGUGUUCGACAAGUGAUCCAGAUAAAGACAUUGACAGUGUAACUGGACCCGGUUUAGAUGUGGCGUCAUGUCAUAGAGCAUUUCAGUAUCUUGCAAAAGUGCCAUCAGAUUACUACAGCUCGGCGCUAGUCACGGCACUCACAACGUUAGCCGAACACCUGAUGAUAGACCUGAGGAUAAAUCAAAAGAUGAGCAUGGAGGAUGUGGUGAAUUGUUUUGUGAUAGCCUUUGAAGUGCCUGAUCUUGGCUGCAGUGAUUACCUGGAAAUAGCUUUACCCACACUCUGUCUCGCUGCUGAGCAUUUGCCCGUUAAAGCUCAAGCAAGACUGGCGCGGGUGUGGGCACAACAGUGCAAAGAGAGUUUACGCCAUAUCCUGGACACAUUGCAUCAGCUCAUAACUCUCAGAAUCAUAUCCACUAACUAUACAAGGCAUUAUCAAGUCCAAGAUGAUGAGAGUGUGACAAGGGCUACAAAGCUUAUGAAGAUACUAUACUACGCGAACAUGUUAGCCGGUGUAGUGGAACAGAACUCUCAACAAGAAGAGCCCAUAGUGAUAGCAAACCAGUUGGAUCCAUUAGGCGAUGCUUUGUAUGAUUUCUUGCCACUGUCCUCCAUGAAGAGCUCUAAGCAGUUGCAACCAGAUGAUCCUUUAGCCAUUGAAUUAGAUAUAAAUGUGUUAGAUGCUAGGAAGCCAUACCUGCCAUUUGAGGAAUUCUACAAUGAACCUCUUAGUGAUACUAUAGAAAUGGAUAUAGAUUUUGCUAGUUACAAAACUGAUAUUACUCAUGGUAAGAAGUUCGCGUUCCUACGGUACCCGUUCAUCCUGACGGCGGCGAGCAAGUCGCUGGGGCUGUAUUACGAGAACCGCAUCCGCAUGUACUCGGAGCGGCGCGUGUCGCUGCUGCACGCGGUGGUGGGCGCCGCGCCGCCCGCGCCCUUCCUGCGCCUCACCGUGCGCCGCCACAACAUCAUACAAGACGCGCUCGUCGAGGUACGCUGCAGUACGCAGCAGCUGCAUUACAGAACCGCAUCCGCAUGCACUCGGAGCGGCGCGUGUCGCUGCUGCACGCGGUGGUGGGCGCCGCGCCGCCCGCGCCCUUCCUGCGCCUCACCGUGCGCCGCCACAACAUCAUACACGACGCGCUCGUCGAGGUACGCUGCAGUACGCAGCAGCUGCAUUACAGAACCGCAUCCGCAUGCACUCGGAGCGGCGCGUGUCGCUGCUGCACGCGGUGGUGGGCGCCGCGCCGCCCGCGCCCUUCCUGCGCCUCACCGUGCGCCGCCACAACAUCAUACAAGACGCGCUCGUCGAGGUACGCUGCAGUACGCAGCAGCUGUAUUACAGAACCGCAUCCGCAUGUACUCGGAGCGGCGCGUGUCGCUGCUGCACGCGGUGGUGGGCGCCUCGCCGCCCGCGCCCUUCCUGCGCCUCACCGUGCGCCGCCACAACAUCAUACACGACGCGCUCGUCGAGUUAGAAAUGAUAGCAAUGGAGAGAGCGUUAGACCUUAAAAAGCAGCUUGUGGUGGAGUUUGAUGGCGAGCAAGGCGUGGACGAAGGUGGUGUCAGCAAGGAAUUCUUCCAGCUCAUUGUGGAAGAAAUUUUCAACCCAGAUUAUGGAAUGUUCACUCAACAGGUUGACUCACACACUGUUUGGUUCAACCCUACAUCGUUCGAAACUGAGGCGCAAUUUACGUUAAUCGGCAUAGUUCUAGGCUUGGCGAUAUACAACAAUAUUAUAUUGGCAGUGAACUUUCCUAUGGUUGUUUAUAGGAAACUUAUGGGCAGGAAAGGUUCUUUUGAAGACUUAGCAGAUUGGAAUCCUAUUUUAUACAACAGUCUAAGAGAUAUGUUAGAUUAUAUGGAAAAUGAUUUAGAAGAAGUGUAUUACCAAACAUUUAGGAUAUGCUACCAAGAUGUGUUUGGCAACAAUCUUUUCCAUGAUUUAAAAGAGGAUGGAGACAGUAUAUUUGUUACACAGGAAAAUAAAAAGGAGUUUGUGGACUUAUAUGCAGAUUUUUUGCUCAAUAAAUCAGUGGAAACCCAGUUCAAAGCAUUUAGACGUGGAUUCAUGAUGGUGACAGAUGAAAGUCCACUUGGUGCACUGUUCCGGCCGGAAGAAAUCGAGACAUUGGUGUGUGGUAGCAAAAAUUUCGACUUCAAUGAACUGGAAAAGUCGACGGAAUACGACGGUGGCUACACGUCUGAAUCGCAAACCAUUAAGGACUUCUGGAGUAUAGUUCACAAUCUCUCGCUGGAGGACAAGAGGAAACUGCUGCAGUUCACAACCGGCUCAGACCGAGUCCCCGUGGGGGGCUUGAGUCACUUAAAGCUGGUUAUAGCGAGGAACGGUCCAGACUGCGAUCGUUUGCCAACAGCACACACUUGCUUUAACGUAUUACUGCUCCCUGAAUAUGAGAACAAAGAAAAACUCGAGGAUAGACUGAUGAAAGCCAUUAGUUACUCAAAAGGUUUUGGAAUGCUUUAA